GUUAUAGAAGAACAGGAAUCUAGGUAGGAAACGGCACCUUCUGAUCAUCUAUAAAUCAGACAGCAAAAGCAGAAGCCUCAUUGUUUGUCCUAUCCUCCACGCAUGGCCACCCUCCACAACCUUCCUCUCCAAGAGAGACUCCCUAUCAAGAACACUUUCCAAAGAGUCUCAAGUCUUCUCAUCCUCACCCUCCUAUUCUCCCUCCUCCUCUAUCGCCUCACCUCACUCCAUAGCCAUGGCCCCAUCUGGCUCAUCGCCUUUCUUUGUGAGUCUUGGUUCACCUUCGUCUGGGUCCUCUACAUGAAUGGGAAAUGGAACCCAGUCAAGUACAAAACCUACCCUGAACGCCUCCUGAAGAGAUCUGAUAUUGAUCUCCCAGCUGUGGACAUAUUUGUCACCACGGCGGACCCCAAGCUGGAGCCUCCGAUCAUCACAGCGAACACCGUGCUCUCUUUGCUGGCUGUGGAAUACCCAGCUCACAAGCUAGCAUGCUAUGUUUCGGACGAUGCAGGCUCGCCCAUCACCUUCUAUUCUCUCCUGGAAGCUUCAAAAUUUGCCAAGCUAUGGGUUCCUUUCUGCAAGAAGUACAACGUUAGAGUAAGAGCUCCUUUUGUGUACUUCUCUUCUGAGCCCCAGGCUUCACAAGCUCUCUCACAAGAAUUCAUGGAUGAUUGGAGAUACAUGAAGAACAAGUAUGAGGAGUUAAGUCGGAGAAUUGAUGAUGCUGCUUCACAUUACAAGGAUGAUGAGCUCGCUGAUUUCUCAAAUAUUGAACGAGGAAACCAUCCAAGCCUAAUUAAGGUUAUAUGGGAGAACAAGCAGGGGUUAGAAGAUGGCAUCCCCCAUCUAGUAUAUGUGGCUAGAGAGAAGAGGCCAAAACAUCCACAUCAUUACAAAGCUGGAGCGAUGAAUGUUCUGGCAAGGGUCUCAGGAGUGAUGACAAAUGCUCCAUUCAUGCUCAAUGUGGACUGUGACAUGUUUGCUAAUAACCCUGAAGUCAUUCUUCAUGGCAUGUGCCUGCUACUGGGGUUUGACAAUGAGGUGUCAACUGGAUUUGUUCAGGCACCACAGCAGUUCUAUGGGGCUCUCAAGGAUGAUCCUUUUGGGAAUCAAUUAGUAGUCUUGCAAGGGAUUACUGGGGUGGGAUUUGGAGGUAUUCAAGGUCCAUUUUAUGGAGGGACAGGAUGCUUCCACCGAAGAAAAAUUUUAUAUGGUUCUGCACCAGGGCUUGCUGGAGUUAGCAAACAUGAUGACUUAUCUGACAAAGAACCCCAAAGGAUAUACGGCGAUUCCAGAGAAUUAAUGGAGUCGGCUUCUCGAAUAAUUUCUGGAAAAAUUAGAGAAAGUUCAUGCAACAACAAUCUUUCGAGUAGAGUAGAAGUUGCUAAGAGAGUUGCCUCCUGUAGCUACGAGUUCAAUACAUGUUGGGGAAAGCAGAUUGGAUGGGCCUAUGGCUCGAUGACAGAAGACGUCCUCACCGGGCUUAGAAUCCAUUCAAUGGGUUGGAAAUCAGUGUACCUGAUAUUAGAUCCACCGGCUUUCCUCGGAAGUGCCCCGACCGGAGGUCCAGCGAGCUUGACUCAAUACAAGAGGUGGUCCACAGGCCUUCUUGAGAUAUCAUGGGGCAGGAGCAGCCCCAUACUUGCCACUUUCACCAAGCAGCUCAAGUUUCGGAUGUGCUUGGCCUAUUUGCUUGCAAGUACCUGGGCCCUACGCUCCAUGGGAGAGCUCUGCUAUGCUCUGCUCCCUGCUUACUGUCUCCUUGCCAAUACCUCCUUCAUGCCAAAGGCUUCAGAACCUGUCUUCGUGAUACCUUUGGCUCCCUUCCUCAUCUCCAACAUCCACUCAAUAAUAGAAUACUUCCAAUGUGGGCUCUCAGUCCGGGCAUAUUGGAACAACCAGAGGAUGCAUAGGAUCUAUGCGAUGACUGCAUGGCUCUUUGGUUUGCUUGGUGUCCUCCUCAAGAUCCUUGGCAUCUCUGAGACAAUAUUCGAGGUCACCCGAAAGGACCAACAAUCUGAUACCAAUGAUACAGACAAAGAUCCCGGGAGGUUUACAUUCGAUAACUCGCCAAUGUUUGUCUCUGGCACUGCAGUCCUGCUCGUGAACCUGGUGGCGCUCGCUGUCGGCCUGCUACGGCUUCGCCGGCCAGUCGAUGGAGGGCCGAGCUCGGGGCUUGGAGAGUUUGCUUGCAGUGUUUGGGUGGUGUUCAGCUUCUGGCCAUUCGUGAGGGGUCUGGUUGGGAGAGGGAGUUAUGGGAUCCCUUGGCCUGUCAUAUUGAAAGCUGCUGUCUUGGCGUCUCUCUUUAUGCAGUUUUGCGGAUUAGGAUGGGUCCAAUAGUUUGAAGUGGGUGGUAUGGGUUUCAAACUUAGCAACUUCAAAAUAUUAAGCCUUACUUUGAUUGAAACAAGGGGGGUGGGAAGCGGGGUGGGUCUUGUGGGGCGCGGUGGCGCGGGCCGCGGAGUAUUGGUUAAAUGAUAUUAAGACUCAAGUUUGCUGCAGUUAGGCUUGAAAAUGGUUGGUUAAUCAUGUAAUGUCAACUCAUUUUUGUACAGGAUGGUUGGAUCUAU